GAGCUUUUUACGAAGAUGGCGCCGAAGGCCAAGAAGGAAGCCCCUGCCCUUCCCAAAGUUGAAGCCAAAGCCAAAGCUUUGAAGGCCAAGAAAGCAAUGCUGAAAGGCAUCCACAGCCAGAAAAAGAAAAAGAUCCGCACGUCACCCACCUUCCGAAGACCCAAGACCCUGCGGCUGAGAAGGCAACCCAAAUACCCUCGGAAGAGCGCCCCCAGGAGAAACAAGCUUGACCAUUAUGCCAUCAUCAAGUUUCCUCUCACUACUGAGUCAGCCAUGAAGAAGAUAGAAGAUAACAACACACUUGUGUUCAUUGUGGAUGUCAAGGCCAACAAGUACCAGAUUAAACAGGCUGUGAAGAAGCUCUAUGACAUUGAUGUAGCCAAGGUCAACACCCUGAUUAGGCCUGAUGGAGAGAAAAAGGCAUAUGUUCGGCUGGCUCCUGAUUAUGACGCCUUGGAUGUUGCCAACAAAAUUGGGAUCAUCUAAACAGUCCAGCUGGCUAAUCCUAAAUACAGUUUUUUUUCCACCAUAAAAAAAAAAAGUAACGGCAAGACUAG